UCGGUUUCGAACAAAUCUAAAUUCCAAAUUUUCCAGCCUGGCUGAGAUAUGCUCUUUGCUCUACCCACUGGCGGCCAACUGUUGACGUAACUGCUCCACUGCUAACCCUAAAGAAAAAGAAUGGCAUCUGGAAUCGAGCUGAGCCGCGAGUGCCGGCAGGUCUUCGAGCAGAUUCGCAAGCUGAAGCAGCAUCGCUACGCGGUGUUCGUCAUCCAGGACGAGCUGGAGAUCAAGGUGGAGUAUCUGGGAGUGCGGGAGGCGACCUACGAUGACUUCCUCGCGGAUCUGCGACGUUCGGGGGCGAAUCAGUGCCGCUUUGCCGUCUACGAUUAUGCGUAUCAGCAUCAGUGCCAGGGCACCUCGUCCACCUGCCUGAAGGAGAAGCUCUUCCUGAUGCUCUGGUGCCCCACGCUGGCCAAGGUCAAGGACAAGAUGCUCUAUUCGAGCACCUUUGCGGUGCUGAAGCGGGAGUUCGCGGGCGUCCAGAAGUGCAUCCAGGCCACCGAACUGGACGAGGCCUGUCGCAAUGCCGUCGAGGAGCAGCUGCGCUCGCUGGACAGGGAAUAGAUGUCCUUCUGGUUUACCCCAUACUUAUCAUCCGCCUCCUUGAAAUACAGUAAGGCCCAUUUAAAA